AUGCAUACGAUUUUAAAUAUUCUUGUUUUUAUUUUACUUUCGAAUCUUAUUACUAUACAAGUUUAUGGUAGAAAUCAAGAUUAUUUAGCUAAAUUUUUUCAAACAAAAGAUCCUAAUGAUUUACCUCAAGAAGCACAAAAAUUUCUUUCACUUUGGUUUUCUCAAUCACGAAAUGAUGGACAUUGGUGUUGUGCUAUAACUCCACCUUCAGUACCAAUUUUCUCUAACACCGGUCAUCUCUUACAUUAUCAACCUCAAGCAUGUCCUGAUACUCAUAUGGUCUGUUGUAAAGCAUAUAUCAAUAUCCAAGGUCAAUGUUUUUCUUUUAAUGAAAUAAAAGAUAUACUUCCAGCAUGGCAAACACUUUUUGCAACAUUUGGUUCAUCAAUGACAACAGAACAGAUUCUUAAUGCUGUUCAUCAAAUGGGUUAA